AAAACAAGACUGAUGAGUACAAGGAGCCAGUAUGCUUGGCAGUGUCAUUCACAUCAUGUUAUUACAAUGUAUAGAUACCAGCUUCUUUACAUUUUUUGUAGUACAAGGAACCGCAUUUAGUUCGCCGCAAAUGAUUAUACUUAAACAACUUAAAUAAAAUAAAACCUAUAUUAAAAUAUAGCAGGAUUCUGAAAUUUGUAUGUAUACAAAAAUAAAAAGAGACAAAACAUGUUAGUCAAUAUUCAAAUUAAGCCUACGUUUGGGAUUUACUUUCGGAGAUAUAAUUCUAUGAAUUUUGAACAAAGAAUGACUUUUGAAUUGGCCAGAUUAGAAACUUACAAAUCAGCACCAACAUCUCUUCGAGCUUGGAGAAUAAAAUUAGCAAAGGAAGGAUUAUACUACAUAAAUGAUGACCAUAAGUGCAAGUGUGCUUUUUGUGAAUUUUUAUAUCAGUUAUCAUGGACUAACGGGGAUAAUCCAGAUGAUAUUCACAGAAGAUCGGAAGCACAUUGUCCAUUCUUACUUGACAGGGUAAACACAAACAACAUUCCAAUGCAUGCUGAUGAACGAACGCUAUUCCGGUCUCCAGCUUUUCUGACAUCUUCCUCCGGGAACCAUCAGCAUCCAGCUGUGUUUGCUCAUGGCUAUGUUGCAAUUUGUCAGACAGAUAGGCGUCACUACGUUGAAGAACUAAUGGAAGGCCCAAACAGUUUGAUGAGGCAAAUUAUUCAGUACAUGCCACAAAGGGAAGAUGAAUCAAAUACCAAUGUGUGCAUAAGUUCCUCAGAGAGAGUGGAUGAAGAACAGAGUGCUGGUCAAUCAGGCGAUGCAAGAUCAAACUCUCAAGUUAUACCAUUUGCAAAAGUUGUAGAGCAGAGUGAUGAACCAAAACAUCCAAAGUAUGCUUCCCGUUCAGCAAGACAUCAUUCAUUUGAAAAUUGGCCGAAACAUAGGACGCAUUCUCCAACAGAUAUGGCGUCAGCAGGAUUCUUCUACGCAGGAAGAAAAGACAUUUGUUGGUGUUUUUUCUGCGGAGGUGGGUUGGAAAACUGGGAACCAAAUGACAAGCCGUGGACAGAACAUGCUCGCUGGUACCAGAACUGUGCUUUUGUGCGACAGUGUAAAGGAGAAGAAUUUAUUAUAGAACAAAGACACAGAAAUUUACCAAAUGCAAUCAUAAACAAUCGGCAUCAGGGUCUUACAGAAGACUCGAGAAAUUCUGUAAUCAAGGAUUGUGAACUGAAUCGUCUGCCAGCUGUCAGAGCGGUAACAGAAAUGGGAUAUGACCUAUGUUUGGUAAAGAAAACAUACAAUGAUUUGCAAAAAGGUGCAACGACGGACAUCAAUGCAGCAGUUCUCCUUGAAGCAAUAUUUCAAAUACAGGAUCAAGAAUCUGAACUUUGACAGACACCUUAACAUCAAUUGACAAUGCUACAAAAGAGUCUCAAGGGUAUAAAUAUUUGUGAAUCUAACAGCCGAUAAUGAAUGCCAAAGUCAAUACGGUUUCACAGGAAAGAGAGGAGUAUUUUUUUUUCAUCUGCUCGUCUGAUUCUAUUAAAAAGAACAUUUUAAAACCGGAAACAUUAGAUUCAUUUAUUUGCAAAUACAUGUAGAUAAAUAAAGUAAUAGUGUGUUUUACAAAUGUAUAUAUUAAUAUUUCGCCAAAAGAAAUUCCAGUUUGACGUUUCGUGUCUUUGUCAAAACUUACAUUUCGCGUGACGGGGGCAAGUGGAUCCAAAAGUGCGAUUAGGACGCAAGAGGUUUUUACAGUGUUGCUUUCUUAUUGUUUAACCUUGUAUUCAUAUUUUAUUUAAAUGCGCAUUUUGCUUUAUGUACUAUUAACUACAAAGAGAAAUUGUUGGCGUCUUUGUCAGAUUUUCUAUCAACUACAAUAACUUUUAUGAUGGCGUCUCUGUCAGAUUUACUUGUAUGGUUGUAUGCAUUUUUAGUCAGUUGUGUUGUAUGUCUGUGACGUAAGUAUACACAGUUUUGGCUACUGGAUCCCAAUUAUUGUCACAUUAACCAAUUAUUAUAAAAAUAAGAAGAUGUGGUAUGAUUGCCAACGAGAGAACUCUCCACUAGAGACCAAAUGAUGUAGAAGUAAACAACUAUAGGUCGCCGUUUGGCCUUUACACUGAAAAAAACCCACACUGCAUAUUAAGCUAUAAAAGACCCCGAGAUGACAAAUGUAAAACAAUUCAAACGAAAAAACAAACGGCCUGAUUUAUGAACAAAAUAAACAAAAAACAAAUACUAUAUACAUGAACAAACGACAACCACUGAAUUACAGGAUCCUGACUUGGGAGAGGCACAUACAGAAUGUGUCAGGGUUAAACAUGUUUGCCUGCGCCAAACCUUUCUCCUAACCUGGGACAGUGAUCUAACAGUACAAUAUAAGAACAAACUAUAAAAAUCAGUUAAAAAGAGCCUCACUCAUCAGAUCGAUACAAAGCACAAAAAAAAACCCAACAAAGUACAGAUAUGAGAGUAUUUGCAGUUACUGGCAGCAGCUAGUUCAAAGCCAAUAACAACUAAUUAAAAAAAAUCAUGUAUCUAAGACUAAAAUGUCUGCUUGUGUUGCUCACCUUAUUUUAUAUAUAACAUAUAAGCAACUGCCAUAAGAGUUUAGAUAGCCAUAAACCCAGGUUUAACCCAUCAUUUUCGUCGGCGAAUGCCUGUAUCAUGCCAGGAGUUGUUUUUCAUUCGUUCCAUUGGUUGAUAUAGUCUAAUAUUUUAUUUUGUCAGUUUUUAUGGACUUCCUCCUUUUUUAGUUUACCUUGGAGUUCAGUAUUUUUGUUAAUAUUUUUUUGUAUAAUACGCUACUUUUUAUACAUGUAAUGAGAACAAUGAAAAUAAUUAAAUAUUACUUAUUUUGUUUCAAAUUGA